AGGCUCCCACUGGCUGCCGGGCUCGCGCCGCAGAGGCCGGUGAGGCGCCUGCGGCCACGCGGCGGAGGUUGCAGGCCGAAGGUGCCGGUCGUCGGGGCGCGCGCGCACGCAUGGAGGCGGCGCGGGCGGCUGCCUAAGGGCAGUGGGUCCAGUGGAGCGGCUACCUUGCGUAUCCGUCGAGCGGCCUCGAGCCCACGGCAGCCGGCGGCGGCGGGCCGCGGAGCCGGCGCGGCCAUGGCGACGGGCACUCAACAGAAGGAGAACACGUUGCUUCACCUCUUCGCCGGCGGGUGCGGGGGCACGGUUGGUGCUAUUUUCACAUGUCCGCUGGAAGUCAUUAAGACCAGGUUGCAGUCUUCGAGGUUAGCUCUUCGGACAGUCUAUUAUCCUCAGGUUCAUCUGGGGACCAUCAGUGGAGCUGGAGUGGUGAGGCCAACGUCAGUGACACCUGGACUCUUACAGGUUCUGAAGUCAAUCUUGGAGAAAGAGGGACCAAAGUCACUUUUUAGAGGCUUGGGUCCAAAUUUGGUUGGAGUUGCACCGUCAAGGGCUGUGUACUUUGCAUGCUACUCCAAAGCCAAAGAGCAGUUCAAUGGCAUUUUCGUGCCCAAUAGCAACAUCGUGCACAUUUUCUCCGCUGGCUCUGCAGCUUUUGUCACAAAUUCCUUAAUGAAUCCUAUAUGGAUGGUUAAAACCCGCAUGCAGCUAGAACGGAAGGUCCGAGGCUCCAAGCAGAGGAACACGCUCCAGUGUGCCCGCUACGUGUACCAGACGGAAGGCAUCCGGGGCUUCUACCGGGGGUUAACGGCCUCCUAUGCUGGAAUUUCAGAAACGAUCAUCUGUUUCGCUAUUUACGAAAGCUUAAAGAAGUAUCUGAAGGAAGCGCCAUUAGCUGCUUCUACAAAUGGGACUGAGAAAAAUUCCACCAAUUUUUUUGGACUUAUGGCAGCUGCAGCUCUUUCUAAGGGAUGCGCCUCGUGUGUUGCGUACCCACACGAAGUCAUAAGGACACGGCUCCGGGAGGAGGGCACCAAGUACAAGUCCUUCGUCCAGACCGCUCGGCUGGUCUUCCAGGAAGAAGGCUACCUCGCCUUCUACAGAGGACUCUUUGCCCAGCUCAUCCGGCAGAUCCCAAACACCGCUAUUGUGUUGUCUACCUACGAGUUGAUUGUGUACCUGUUAGAAGACCACGUUCAGUAGCAGGCCAGAAAAUUGUGCUCUAGAAGAAUAAAACUGAAAAACUCUUGAGAAUUUUUUUUUUUUCCUCUGUUGCUGUUUAGAAUGUUUGAGACCGAAGCAGGAAAGGCCGUCGAGUGUCUGGCUCCUUAUCACCUGUUGGACAUUCCUUUUGGACUCGUGCGUUCUGGAAGGUUUCGAUGUGUUAACGUUAACAGUUAAUUAUAACUCUUGGUUUGUUUCUCUUUUUUUAAUUUAAGAGGAUUCAGGAUUAAGCAGCCAGUAAAUUAAAUCAUGCUAUUUAAUUUAAGUAUA